AUGAAUACUGAAGAUAUUGCCACCAUUAUUUUAUCGUCACAUUAUUCUGGCACGUGUGAUCAUCAACCACUGAUAAAUGAAGAUAUUCUUAAACUCAGUGGUCAACAAAGAAAUAUUAUUUAUGGUCCAACUCUUUUUGCAUUGAAGUAUCGAGUUCUUCCUUGCACAGUUAAUCAAAAUAUACAUUCUGCUCUUCGAGAUGAUGAUGAUGAUGAUGAUGAUUGGACAAUCAAUUCUAUCUGUCCGUUCGUGACUUGUAUGCGAGAACGACAAUGGUCUUCAAAAAGAAAACAAGGAGGAAUGUAUCAUGCUACGAGUGUUAUACAGUUUAUUAUUAAUGAAUAUAAAUCUAAUUCAGAUACAUUUAUUUACGAUUGGAAUUAUGAUACAUGGGAUAAGAGUUCUCUUAUCGCCAAUGUUUACAUUGAUUUGGGAAAUUAUCUAGCAGUGGAAUUCAAUGGUGGUUGUAUAAGUCCAACAAAUAUAGACAAUCCCAAUGAUCUAGAACCAGAUCACAAAGAAAAGAUUUUCUAUUGCUUUUCUAAUGUUAAGUCAAAAAUUGAUCUUAACGAAAAAUCUAUUCAGAUCUUUCAUAUUCCACAAACAGCUGAUCGUGCACGAACACUUCUUGAACAAUUAUCAAAAUUCAAACUAUUUCCGAUCGCUGAAGCCACAUUACAAAUAGUUUGUCAUGAUACUGAAGAUGGUUUCUAUACUUCAUCCAUUCGAAUUAAACAGCCUCAUAUUACUGAUCUUAAACUUCACUAUGGCGAUGAAUUUGAAAUUAUUCAUGAACAUCUUCUCGAAAAACUACAAGAAAAAGAUUCAACUGGUAUUACCUUUCUUCAUGGUCCACCGGGUACUGGCAAGACAACCUAUUUGCGCUAUUUGAUCAAUGAAAUCAAAGACAAGAGUUUGAUCUAUAUUCCACCUGAUCUUGUCAACGAUAUGACGCAGCCUAGUUUCUUACCCUUUCUUAUGCAACAUCCAAACUCAAUUCUGAUCGUUGAAGAUGCCGAAAAUAUUAUUCGCGAUCGAAUAGAGGAAAACUUUCUACCCAAUCAGGCUGUGGCUAAUUUACUCAAUAUUUCUAAUGGUCUUCUUGGUGAUAUUAUGCGUCAACAGAUUAUUUGUACAUUCAACUGUGAUGUCAAUGGCAUUGAUCCUGCUCUUUUGCGCGAUGGACGACUUGUUAUCGAACACAAGUUUGAUAAGCUAAGCGUACAGAAUGCUCGUCGUUUGUGCGUGGAGUUAGGUAUAUCCGGCAAUGGUGACGAUAUUCAUGAACCAAUUUCUUUGGCCGAAAUCUAUGCACGAAAGAAUAAUGUAGUGACAGAUUUGUCGAACAGUCUUGGAAAUGGUCAAACAACAACGAAGAAUAAACGAACAUUGAAGAUAAAAAAUGAGAAAGCUGAUCCUUUUCUUGGCUUUUAUUCUUAA